UGACGUCAAUACGCUGCGCUCAGGGUGAGAGGUCACGGUAGUGGCCGUAGGUUUUUGCUGGACGUACUCUGUGCUGCUCUCGGUUCUUCCUCCCGUUAUAUGAGCUAUCCGGCCUCACGGGCUCUCUCCAUGCGGGCGCGGUGGCUCUGCGGGCGAGAGCAUGACCCGGAGAGCAGUUAGCAGGAAGAGGAAAGCGGCGUCUGGACCAGGCCCCGGAGAACAGGCCGAUUGGGACUAUGCCAUUCAGAAGCGGAGGCGGCUUCCUCCAGAGAAGAAGUCUAUGGUGUUUUAUCUGAAGACAAGAGAGUUGAAGGCACAGGACGACCCCAGUUACUAUCGCUUGUUACGUGGCUGCGCUGCUCAAACUCUGCCUGGCAUCCUAAAGGAGAAGGAGUUCCAACUAGGAACCCUUAAUAAGGUGUUCGCAUCACAAUGGCUGAACCACCGUCAAGUCGUUUGUGGAACCAAAUGCAAUACGUUAUUUGUAGUGGAUAUACAGACAGGACAAAUCACAAAGAUCCCCAUCUUGAAAGAUCGUGAACCGGUUAAUACAACUCCUCAGAGCUGUGGAAUCCAUGCCAUCGAGAUCAACCCUUCCCGCACGUUGCUGGCUACCGGGGGAGAUAACCCCAACAGCCUGGCAGUGUAUCGCCUGCCGACGCUCGAUCCCGUCUGUGUUGGAGAUGAGGGUCACAACGACUGGAUCUUCUCUAUUGCAUGGAUUAGUGACACCUUGGUUGUGUCUGGCUCCCGUGAUGGCUCAAUGGCCCUGUGGGAGAUUAACGACGAGGUGAUGAAUAAAUGCAACUUCCAACACAGCCACUCCCGGGUGCCAGUCUAUGCUCAUAUUUACCACAAAGCAUUGAAGGACAUCCCCAAAGAGAGCAGCAAUUCUUCAAACUGCAAGGUCCGCGCCCUGGCAUUCAACAGCUGGAAGAAGGAGUUGGGAGCGGUGUCCCUGGAUGGUUACUUCCACUUGUGGACCGCAGAAUACACUUUAGCCAAGCUGCUCUCUACCAAGCUACCCUAUUGCAGAGAGAAUGUGUGUCUUUCCUAUGGUCUGGAGUGGUCAGUCUAUGCUGUGGGAUCCCAGGCACAUGUGUCUUUCCUUGAUCCACGGCAGCCGCCAGAGAACACUAGGUCCGUGUACUGCAGGGAGCAAGGCAGUGGUAUCCGCUCUGUAAGCUUCUAUGAGCAUAUUAUCACUGUGGGGACUGGUCAGGGCUCUCUCUUAUUUUACGACAUCCGGGCGCAGAGAUUUUUGGAUGAUUGCACUGGUUAUUUAAACGGCUCAAAGUCCAAAGGAGAGAUCCUCAAACUGACGACCGGGAAAGGCUGGCUGAACCACAAUGACAUGUGGAGGAAUUACUUCUCUGAUAUCGACUGCUGCCCUAAUGCUGUUUACACCCACUGCUACGACUCGUCCGGAACAAAACUCUUUGUGGCAGGCGGUCCUUUGCCAACGGGUCUUCACGGAAACUAUGCCGGCCUGUGGAGCUAGGGGAGAGGUCCUACAAGAGGUGGCGCAGUCUGUUAACCCUUUCCCUCCUAAUGUGCAAUGCAUCAAAACAUCCUCUGGCAGCCUCAAAACAAUGUCCACCCCUUUUCUUUCCUUUUGUCCAUCUGUUUUAUCUAGUGAAACUCGGCACAUUCUUCAGUGAUACUCCUCGGCCAUCCUGUCAAGUAUAAUUUAAGCUUUUACACAAUUGUUUCUUAGAAGAAGUUUUUGUUUUGUUUUUUUACUUUGUCCCCUACGGUUUUACUCCUGUGGCGCCACAAAUCACGCCUUCAUUUUCCUGGAAAAAAAAAAAAUCAAGGUUAGAAGUGAACUGUAUGCUCUGUCACAUGAGGUUAUUUGCUGGACCCUCUAAAUGCUUUAAGCACUUGGUUCGUCACCGCCACCUCCUGUAAUCGUGGAUGUCGUGCACUUCAUGCACCUUCCAGCCGGAAGCCACAUUCGGGGCCACUUAAAUUGCACGCUCAUGGGCUAAGUGGGACUGCAGCUGUAAUUAGCUCUGGACAAAUAUGUGUAAUAUUUUGGUGGACAGUUCCAGGUUUUCUGUGAAAAUCCUGGAAACUAUUCUAGUGUAUGUGUAUGCGUGCGUGUGUGCCUGCAGGGUACUUUUUUGUGUUAAGUACAAAGCAUUUAAAUUACUGGGAGUAAAUACCUAUGUCAUUAACAUAAUUGAUACAAAAAGGCUUUAUUCGUUAGGUCCUGAUUGCGGGACUUGUUUUAUCAUUCCUUUUUUAAGUGUAAAAGAUUCUAACAAAACUGUGUAUAUUGAGAGAAUCAACACAAUAAAUUGUAACAGAAACGGA